AGAAAAAUAAUGUCUACCAAUAAUAAUAAUAAGCAACAUUUCAAGGUUUGCUUCUGCUGGUCACGAGGAUUCAAGUUAAGGGGAGGUGAAAUACCAGAAGAUAUUAAGCAAGUCUUUGAAUCUUACUCAGUAUAUGGGAUUAUGAGCAUAGAUAAUCUAAUUAGUUUCUUAGAGAAAGAACAGAAGGAGGUGAAUAAUGUAACAAAAGAGGCCCAAAAUAUAUUCAAUAGCCUCAAGCAUCAUCACAAUAUUGUCCACAAAAGAGGAUUGAAUCUUGAUGCUUUCUUUAAAUAUCUUAUUGGUGAUUAUAACUUUGCCCACCAGUCUAAGGUCCACCAAAACAUGGAUGCUCCUUUGGCUCAUUAUUAUAUAUACACUGGACAUAACUCUUACUUAACUGGAAACCAGUUGAGCAGUGAUUGUAGUACUGAACCUAUAAAGAAGGCACUAAAGAAAGGAGUUAGAGUGAUUGAAUUGGACCUUUGGUCUAAUAUUACCAAAGAUGAUAUCGAUGUUCGUCACGGAGGGAUGGUCAAGAAAACAUUUGGUUCCAUGCUAUUCAUCCCACAAUCAGAAAUGGACGAGUUUCCUUCACCAAACUCUUUAAAGAAUAAAAUCUUAAUUUCAACGAAACCACCACCAAAAAGUAGCGCUGAAUCAGACAAGGAGAGGGAUGAACAGCAGGAUGAGGAGUUCGAAGAAGUUCUCAAAUAUAGAGAUUUGAUAGCAAUCCAUGCAACGAAGCACAAAGGUGGCAUGGAAAAUUUUGGGAGGCAUGCAAGUUUUGAUAAAGUUGGACGUCUUAGCAUGAAUGAACAAGCCCUUGAAAAAGCUUUAGCUGUCACUGAACAUGGCCAUCAACUAAUUCGAUUUACUCAACGACACAUAUUAAGGGUGUACCCAAAGGGUGCACGCAUUGACUCAUCAAACUAUGAUCCUCUAAUUGCAUGGAUGCGCGGAGCUCAGAUGGUUGCAUUUAACAUGCAGGGAUAUUGUAAGUACCUAUGGAUGAUGCAAGGAUUUUUUCGAGCCAACGGAGGCUGUGGUUAUGUGAAAAAACCAGAAUUUUUACUAUGUCCUGAUGGCGCAUGUCAUGAAGUUUUCAAUUCCAUGGCCUUGCCAGUGAAGACAAUUCUCAAGGUAAAAAUAUUCAUGGGAGAAGGUUGGCGUGUAGACUUCCACUUUAGACACUUUGACUAUUGUUCCCCUCCCGACUUCUAUGCCAGGGUUGGAAUUGUGGGAGUUCCUGGUGAUACUAGUAAGAUGUGCAGAACUGGGAUAGUUGACGAUCAAUGGAUACCAAUAUGGAAUGAGGAAUUCGAAUUCCCAAUUCGUGUUCCUGAACUAGCUUUGCUUCGGAUUGAUGUUAAAGAUUAUGACCCCUCUGGAGAAGAUGAAUUUGCAGGACAAACAUGCUUGCCAGUUUCUGAGCUCAGGACUGGGAUUCGAUGCGUUCCAUUGCAUAAGCGCAGAGGAGAUGUCUAUAAAUCUGUAAAACUUCUCAUGCGUUUCGAUUUCAUGAGUCCUUAAACUUCUUAUGCGAUAAGAGUUUAUGUUAUGUAGACUAGCGAUAGUUAACUAACAAAGAUAUGUAUUUAUUGGUAUCAAUUAGCUUGAUAUGAUAAUUUGAAUAAUAAAGUAAUAACUAGUUGUACACCA